CUCUGUAAAUCCAAAGACCUUCAGCCUGCAGUACCAACACCCCCCAACCCCCAUAGAAAUUAGAAAAGAAAAACCUCUCAACCUACCUCAACCUCCUUCACACUGCUUAGAAAAAAACAAAAAAGAAAAAAAAAAGCUGGGUAUGGGUUCCUUCAUAUAGUCACUUCUUAGUUCUUCCCCACCAAGCAUCAAGAAAUUCACAAUAACCAGAAAAGAAAAAGAAAACCGAAAGUUCAGACUUUAAAUUUAAAGAGGCAUGAAGAUAUAAAUAAUGAGAAAAAAAAAGCUUCAAAAGCCACAUUAGGAAACCUUUUUCCUGUUCAAUGUGGGUAUAUAUUAAGAUUAGUGUUCAUUACUGCAACAAAACUCGAAACACUACUCUCCAUUAAGGCUUAAGCCCCUGCCCCCCUCUCUUUUUCUCUUUUGUUUUGAAAGACGAUGAGUUUGAGCUCAUACAGCCUCAAAAAAAUACUACCUUAGUGACCACAAAAGGAUACUUGAAAAGCUCAGCAGGACCCAAAGUACGACUCUCCUGUCUCUUCUCCUCGUUCUCUCCUUCUCUCCUUCUCUCUCUCUCUCUUACACACGCACACACAGACAACAAAUACUCUCUCUCUUCAAUUUUUGACAGUCUUCUCAGAGUACUAUAACCCGAGCUGGCAUGGCCCAAAUGGCAGGUGUCGGCUUUAUACAACACUACCGGCUCUAACAAAAGACCGGAGAGCUGUAACCAGCAAAACUCAUCUCCCCCUUUUUUUCCAUCAGACCUUUAACCCAUCUCCCUCCUCAAAAACCCACCUUUCAGUCUUGUGCCCCACAGAACAGCCAUGAAUGGAAACUAGAGGCCACACAUGGAGAUGGGUUCGAGCUCUUUGGCUGUUUCAGCGGCCUCUGGUUCGUCUGAUUCACUGAAUGGCUUGAAGUUCGGCAAGAAAAUCUACUUUGAAGAUGUGGGUGCCGGAGUUUCGUCAAAAUCAGGAGGUGGGUCGUCGUCGGUUUCAGUUUCUGAGGGGUCGGCAUCGGCGCCGGCGCCGGCGAAGAAGGGGAGGGGAGUUGUGCAGGGUGGCGAGCCUCCAAGAUGUCAGGUUGAGGGAUGUAAGGUGGAUCUAAGUGGAGCCAAAGCUUACUAUUCCAGGCACAAGGUUUGCGGUAUGCACUCCAAGUCUCCCAAGGUGAUUGUAGCUGGUCUGGAGCAGAGGUUCUGCCAGCAGUGUAGCAGAUUUCAUCAGCUACCUGAAUUUGACCAAGGAAAACGAAGUUGUCGUAGACGUCUGGCAGGGCACAAUGAGCGUCGCAGGAAGCCACCACCUGGAUCUCUGUUAGCUUCACGCUAUGGACGUCUUUCAUCAUCUCUCCAUGAAGCUAGCGGUAGACUUGGUGGCUUUCUGAUGGAUUUCACAGCAUAUCCAAGACAGCCGGCAAGGGAUGUAUGGCCAAUCAUAAGGGCUGGUGAUCGACAACCAAACAACCAACCAAUGGCUACUGGAAAAUUUCUCCCACAUCUAUGGCCAGGAAGCUCAGAGAACCCUACAGGCACUGCGUUCUCUCACAGCUCCCACCCAUAUCUGCAAGGUUCAGUGGGUGGGACGGUCUUUUCCAGUUCCGGUAUGCAUCCGGGUGAAUGUUUUGCAGGAGUCUCAGACUCCAGCUGUGCUCUCUCUCUUCUGUCAACUCAACCAUGGGGCUCCAGAACCCAAGCAUCUGAUCUUACAGUGAAUAACUUGAUGAACGACGAUGGGGCCCCAAUGGUUCAAUCAUCAGCACCCCAUGGUGCUGUAGCAAACAACUUUAUGAGCAAUACGUGGAGUUUUAAGGGAAAUGAAGCUGGUAGCAGUUCGCAGGAGAUUCCACGUGAUCUAGGCCUUGGGCAACUCUCACAAUCCAUUGACAGUCAGUUCUCCGGUGAGCUUGAACUUUCUCAGCAGGGGAGCAGACAAUAUAUGGAACUUGGGAGCUCAAGGGCUUACGGUUCUUCUACUCAUCAGAUGCACUGGUCUCUUUAAGAGACCCCGCUUAGAGCUUAGGCUUGUGCUUCUCCCGUGGAUGUCCUAAUGCCUUGCCCAGUUUUGCUCAGACUCCAUUAUUCGGUUCCAGGGCUUUAAUGACCUUGAAAAUAAGUUUUGGUAUUUGCUCAGACUUGUUAAAAUACACUUGCUUUCAGUUGGAGAUUACUACUGGGUAAAGUAGGUAUAAAUUAGGAACAGAGAGGUUCUUUUCAAUUUUUGUUGGGUAAUUUGACAGAGAUUGAUAUCCAAUAUUAAGCUGGUCUUUGUAUCAAUGGACCAGCAUUAGCUAUGUUAUGUUUUAUCAAAGGUAAAAUGCGCAUAUGCUGCCUGUGGUGGUUGUGAUU